GACCCAGUUCUACAGGGAUGCAGCUCAAUGCCAUGGAAACGAGCUAUCUUACUACAGCUUUAACAAUCAUCAUCUUCUUCUUCUUCUUCUUCCUCUACCAACAUUGGAAGAAGAAGAAGAGCGACAACGGAAGGAAAGAAGCACCCGAACCUGGCCACGGUUGGCCGAUAAUCGGCCACUUGGCACUUCUUGCCGGAGAGAUCCCCACCCAUCAAGUUCUAGGUGCCCUAGCUGAUCAGUACGGUCCCGCCAUCACCCUCCGACUCGGCCGACGCCGGACACUCUUAGUCAGCAGUUGGGAGCUCGCCAAAGAAUGCUUCACCACCAACGAUCGCUCCUUCGCAGGCCGUCCAAAGGUGCUUGCUGGCAAAUACAUAGGCUUCAACCAUGCAACUUUCGCACUUGCACCAUACAGCUCAUAUUGGCGUGAGACCCGCAAGAUCGCGGUCCUUGAGCUCUUGUCCACACGCCGGCUCGAGUCGCUCCAAGAUGUGUGGCCCACCGAGGUGGAUAUGUUCAUUAGGGAGCUGUAUGAUCUAUGGGCCAGUAAUGUAAAUGGCUCAACGGUGACGGUCGAGAUGAAGGAGAGGUUAUGGGGAUUGUCUUUUAACGUAAUUACACGAAUGGUGUCUGGUAAACGGUAUUUCGGCAGUGGGGGAGACGAUGAAGAAGCCAGACAAUUCCGGCGUGUCGCGAGCCAGGUCGUGUAUCUUUUAGGUGUGCCUGAUAUUGGAGAUGCGCUACCGUUUCUUAGGUGGUUUGACUUUCAAGGUUACGAAAAGGCAUUGAAGAAGAUCGCCUAUGAAAUGGAUUCGAUCACGGAGAGAUGGAUGAACGAGCAUCGUCGCAAGAUGGGUCCUAGCGAAAACAACGAUCGAGAUCAAGAUUUCUUCGAUGUGCUGCUGUCUUUAGGGGAGGAAGGCAAGCUUCCGGAUCAUCACCCGACGGACACUUUCAUCAAGUCACUCACAUUUACCAUGAUAACCGCAGGAUCAGACACAACAUCCAUCGAGUUGGUGUGGGCCCUCUCUUUACUAAUGAACCAUCGCGAUGCAUUGAAGCGUGCCCAAGAUGAAUUGGACAUGCAUAUAGGGCGGGAGAGACUGGUCCAAAGAUCUGAUAUUGAAAAGCUGACUUACCUCCAAGCGAUCAUCAAAGAGACAUUGCGACUAUAUCCUGCUGGCCCACUCCUAAUACCCCACGAGGCAAUCGAAGCUUGCCAAGUUGGCGGCUUCCACGUCAGGGCUGGCACGCGGCUCCUGGUGAACGUGUGGAAGAUACAUCGAGACCCACGUGUAUGGUCUGAUCCUCUGGAAUUUCGUCCAGAAAGGUUCCUGGGAAGCCACGUGGAUGUGGAUGUCUGGGGCCAGAACUUUGAGCUCAUCCCAUUCGGGUCUGGCCGAAGAUCUUGUGUGGGAAUCUCGUUGGCCCUUCAGGUAAUGCAACUUGCGCUGGCCCGUUUGUUGCACGGCUUUGAUUGGGCCACACCAAUGGAUGGUCCAGUGGACAUGACCGAGGGCUUUGCCUUCAGCCUUCCUAAGAAAGACCCACUCCUACUUCUCAUUAAGCCCAGGCUCCCUCUUAAACUAUAUGAGUAAAUUGGUGGAAGUUGUAUUACCAUACAUCUCAGUGUUUCUAUAAUAUUUUCAUGUGUGUAUUAAUGCAUUGUAAU